AUGGGCAAUUGGAUCUCUUCGGCCUUGCUAGGUGGUACUUUUUCGGUGGCUGGUGUCCACAUGGGACUCUGCGAUAAUCGGAACUUUGUGAGCCGCUCCGUCGACAAGGUACCACUUCGACUGUACCUGUCAGUCUUUGGUAUGGGAUCCGUUGCCUACAUUGUCAAUCGCACGACCGUUCCGGUACUCGAGCGUCGUCGUGGUCGGUCGCGGUCCAUUCUCUCUGCCAUUUUCGAUCGCUACACCUACAUGACGUUGCUGGUCAAGCCAGUGCCCUUUGUGUUGGUGUCUUUCAGCCUCGGCUAUGCCGCGGCCUGCUACAGUCCUCGAUGGAUAUUGGAAUCGGUCCUUUCGGUCUUUGCUGGAGAUGUAAUGGGAAAGAAAAGGCAGUAA